AUUUAAUACAACAACAAAACAAGAAAAUAACUUAUCUAGCAUUCUGUAAUAUUUAUUUCCAGUUAAUUUUAUCGCUAAUCGCAAAUAUUUAUAAUACACCACACAAAAAAAUUAUACAUUCGUGCUUUGGUCGUGAAUAAAGCGGAUAAAAUAGUGAACGAAAAAAAACCGUAUAAAUGGAACCUAAUAAGGUACCAGAAACUGUAGACAACCUUCCGAAUACCGAAAAAAAUGGAAACCACACCGUGUACUAUGGAGUGUACACGCCAAAUGAAAACUACGACCCGGCUCUUAACAUAUUCACUGAUAAAAUCGAGGCCCUAAAACUCACAAAAAAAAACAAAAAAUCCAGGUUCAAGGCGUUCCAGUUCUAUCACGAGGCAGUGGAAUUCGCUCUGAACGGUUCUGAACAUCCAAACAACAAUACCACAGUCGAUGGGCCUUUGUUUUCCUAUUUGCCCCAGGAACAGCCACAAAAUGGUAUCGGGGAAAAAGCCAGCCCUUUUAAAGGCCCAAAACCACAGGAGUUGGUAGAGUUAAGAAAAGCCAUUGAAAAUGGGCUUUAUAAGGUUGUUAAAGAUACAAUAUGGCAAAAUCCUAGGUAUUUAGUUAGCAGUGGAGAUACACCCUCUAUUUUACAGGAGGGUGCGCGUUACAACGCGCUGCACGUGUGCGCGAAAUCGAAGAACGCGCCCAUCACCGAGCUCGUCUUGAACACGGUUUCCAACGCGGAAUUCAUAAAGCUCCUCUACGGCGACGACAACGCCGAAAACGCUGAGCAACGCGCCAAAAUCCUGCUCGACCUCUACCUCAACACCCCCAACAAGGGCCUCAACGAGACGCCGCUGCAUUUCGCCGCCAAGCACGGCGCCGACGAAGUCGUCGAGAUUCUGGUCUCCUACCCGGAGUGCGACCGCAGUUUGAGGAACAAGUUCCACAUGACCGCCCUAGAGAUUAACUGCGAGAAGGUGGAAGGAAACUGCGCAGCCGCGAAAAAACGCAUAUCAGUUUUGCUGCAGCAAAACUAUUAUGUACCUGUGUUAAGGUCGGAGGACAGAAGCGUCCCCCCGGUAAUAGGACAACUGUUUUCGCCUACAGAACCACUGGUCGUAAACACGAAUCCGCUGAGCCCUCGCAUGGAAAUACACGCGUACGCCGGGCCGAUGGACAAAACGGGGGCGGAAAAGUUCCGAAAGAUUUGGAAAACCCCGCCGAGAAAUUUGAGUUUCAGUUCGCCCGUGGCGAAGAAAGCGCCCGAGGACAUGAUAAACGUUUCGGCGUUGAGGUUCAAAGACCCGGAGAAAGGUCUCGAGAGGAUCGGCAACAACUUGGCGCUAAAACUUGACGUUAACUGGAAAGAGUACUGGCCGUUUUUGGACAGUUUCGUCGAUAUAACGUCGGAGGGGGGUUUGGAGUUGCUGGAGGGACAUUUGUACAAGUGUUCGGAGGAGUUGGACGAUUCUUUCAGCAUAAAACCGACGACGAUAAUCAAUAAAUUGGAUGUGGUGAGUCCCAUAACGAAUCUCUGCAUGGCGUUUCAAAGUAUUCACUUGAACGAUUCGUUUAAUAGUAAGAGUGUUCCGGUGGCGAAAAGUUACGACAAAAGCGAGUUGAAUCCGGUUUUCUACAUCGACAAAGCCUGUCAGGUGUUCUCGAACAGGAUUUCCAACGACAUCCUCUACAUUUUGUGCAGCGAGUACAACAACAUAGCGCCGGUGUUGGAGACGGAAAUGAAGCAGCUAGAGUUGCUGGUGACGAGUUACAUGGAAGACAACAGGUUUUCGGGCGUGAAUUUCCAGAAGGUCCACUCCAGACUGGGCGCCUUGGUGGCCAACAAGCUGCGCCACAACGUCGACGAAGAGUCGCGCUUGUUUCUGUGCGAUAAACUCGAGUAUCUACUCGAGUGCAUAACGCGCUCGCUGGACUACUUUUCCUCGGACGACGAGUCGGCCAGUCACCGCAGAGACGCGGACGAGUCGAAGCGCGCCACCUCCUACAAGAAGCAGCUCAUCUGCUUGGUGCGCGUCGUGCUGGCGCGCAUGGCGGCGCGCUACGACGCGCGGCUCGACUUGGACGGCGAGUGCGCGUGCGCCGUCGACUGGGAGGCGAGCGAGGAGUGCGCGUGCGCGUACCACGUGCGCAGAGCCAAGAAGAACUCGCUGUCGCGCAGCGGCAGCCUGAAAAACAGGAACCUGUUCAGGAACGGCGUGGAGAACGUUUCGGUCAAGUUGUGUUUCGACGAUGACGAUGAUGUGGCGACCCACAAUCUGAAUCACCACAACACCUUAAACUCGAGCCUGAACGAACUUAUGACUGAAAGUUCUUCCGAGGACGAAGAAUUUUACACGCCCCCGUCAAGUCCCUGUUUUCCCGACGACUCGGACUCCGAUAGCGAGUUCAACGACACCAAACUUCCCGCAAAUGACGUUUUUAUAGAGGGCAUACGACCGACCAAAACUGACUUCGAUGUGUUCAACGCCCUCAAAUAUUCCAAAUGCGCUCUCAACCAAAAAACCCACCCCAACGUCUACAGAUGGCGCCACAAUAUAGCGCUCUAUUCAGAGAGCGAAAGAGAAAGGUGGCCGAGUCCGAAUCAUUUAAAAUUGAAACAGAAGGAGGCAAAAAUGCCGAGCACUCCAAAUUCUUCGUUUAAUGUUUCCCAAAUUCACGAUCCGCCACUGAGCAGUACGCCUUCGAAAUCCUGGCUGAGAAUCACUGGUGCCAACUCUCCAAUUUCCGCUUUUAGGAAUUUAAAUGUACAUUUUUGAAUUUUAUACUUUUUGUUAAUUUUUUAAUGAGACGAGGAUAAUUUUAAGUUUUAAUACUUGGACAAUGAGUAUUCAAUUUAUGCCGUAUUUUAUUUUUUUAACAUAUUUUAUUAUUGACUUAGUUUUAAGGGCAAAUAUUGAAUACUUGUUUAUUUAUUAUUUAAGUGUAACUAUAGUUUUUUAACAAUGUAUUUAGUGUCUAAUACGUAAGUUUUUUUUAUAAAUUAUUACCCAAGAGUCAAUUACCUAAUAACCUAAAUAUUUUUUCCAAUUGUUACAUUUUAAUAUUUUAUAUAAUGUUGUUUAAUUUCAAGCUUUAAAAUCUAUAAUUCUCAGAACUGUUAAAAAAAGGUUGUGCCUACCUUAUAGAAAAAGUGAUAAUUAUAUUUUCUUACCAUUGUAAUUGGAAAAAACUCAAUAAAGACAACUUCUAUACA